CACGCGCGGUCUCGUGUGUUCCCCCCCCCCAGGCUCGUUAUUGAGGCGGCGCGCGCAGCCCUUUCUGGUUGCGACCGUCUCGUGCCAGGCUGGCGGCAGCGGUUGUAGCUGCAGGAAGGUCUCAUUCUGUCCUCCGUAUACGAAACUUAAGGGGGGGGGACGUGCUCAUGAGCAUGUGCAGAAUACAGCCACUAAUUUUAUUGUAGGAUUCCCGUCCCCCUUUGCUAGCUGGCCAGGAACAGCCAAGAAGUACAGUAACUGGUUUGCUGCUGCUGCUGCUGGCCCGUGAACACAGAAAGGUUUCCUAUGCAGAACUGCAAAGAUUAUACAGAGAAGUCACACAAUUGAAAACACUGUCUUGAGGCCUUAGGGCCGAGCUGACAUUGUGAGACAAGGGUGACCACAUUUCAUGAGUUAGCUUCUGUUUUCAAAACAAAACGGGGUGUGUUGCUGCAGAGAUUGCUUGCCUCCAUGAAGCAUCUGACACCCCUCACCCUUCUUGCCUGUGGCUCUUUUAACCCCAUAACAAACAUGCAUAUGCGUCUAUUUGAACUAGCAAGAGAUCACCUUCAUCAAACAGGAAAGUACCGAGUGAUUGGAGGUAUAAUUUCACCAGUUAAUGAUGACUAUGGAAAGCAAGGUUUGGCAGCAGCAAAGCAUCGUGUAGCCAUGGCUCAACUUGCACUGGAGACCUCCGACUGGAUCAGAGUAGACCCUUGGGAGAGUGAGCAAAGGCAAUGGAGUGAGACUGUAGUGGUUCUCAGGCACCAUUACAAAGAACUGCUUAAAUCACACCAUAUCAAGGAACUGCCUGGAGAAAACAAUUGGCCCAUAGAAAAGGCUGCCGGAGCAUCGUUUGCUUCAUCACUCACAGUUGUCCCUGAGUUAAAACUUCUGUGUGGAGCUGAUGUUCUGAAGACGUUUCAAACACCUAACCUCUGGAAGGAAGAACACAUUUUAGAAAUAGUGGGAAAAUUUGGGUUGGUUUGUAUUAGCCGCGUUGGCAACAGUCCUUCUCAGUUUAUCUCUCAGUCAGCACUUUUAAGCAGGUACCAGCACAAUAUCCACUUGGUUAGGGAGUGGAUUCACAAUGAAAUCAGUGCCACAAACAUAAGGCACGCCUUGCGCAAAGGGCAAAGUGUGAAAUACCUCGUUCCAGAUUCUGUUAUUUCCUAUAUUAAACAACACAAUAUAUACACGGAGGAGACUGAACGAAGAAAUGAAGGGGAUUUGCUGCAGCCUCUUAAGCGAUAUUGUUCUGUCGUCAGCCCUCUUAAUGACUGAUGGUAAUAUGGGGCUUGUCCUCACUUCCACUUAUCCUGUGCCUAGAAAUCAUGGGUCUGAGUGGGUUUCCACUUUUCCUAUGAUUACUAGGCAUGGGUCCGAAUAGUAUUACCUUUGCCCCACCUCUUUCCCUCAAAAAAGCCGCUGUCAGACCAAAUCAGGGCAAAUGCCAAUUCAGAGAAAACCUGACUGACUUUUGCUCCAGUUCAGCUGUAAGCAGUGGGUUUUCCUGGGGGAAAGCAGCAGAGCAGGUAGAUGUGUGGUUGAGCCCUAAGUUACCUGCUUCUCAGAGUGACAAUCCUAAACAAUAUGCCUAUAAAGGAAAGUAAGCUUGGUUGUGAUAAUAUGAGAGUAAUCCAUUUUAUGGAAAAAUCCGUCUGCGCCAGUCAAAAGCUGUGGUGAAGAACUGGUGAAUGAGCCUAUCUCUGUUCACAAAGGGACUUCCCCACUGACCUUCAGCGUUGGAGACAGUUUUGCACACUUUCCUCUUGUUGAAAUGAAUAAAGAAAAGAGUCCUCGUUCCACCUGAUGUUCCUUGCAAGCACUGGAGUCUAUUUAUAGGCACUGGAAAUCUAAAACAAGGACUGCCUGCUGCAUUUGGUUUCUGCCUUGCCAUCUGUUAUGCGAAGAAGUUUAUCAUUUUAAGUAUCACUAUUGACAGUGAAUCAAAACAAGCUCCCAUAUCACGCGAUCCUAAACAAUUCACUUGUAAGUCAGCCCCAUUGAUUUCCGUAAGAUUUACUUCCAACGUUGUGUGGUGUGGGAUUGUGAUGUUACAAUCUUCUUUUGUUUCUUGGUAGCUCAGCCAAUAAAGCAUGAAACUCUUAAUUAAACUCAGGGUUGUGGGUUUGAACCCCAUGUUGGGCAGAAGAUUCCUGUGUUGCAGGGCAUUGGACUCAGUGACCCUUGUGGUCCUUUCUAACUCGACAAUCCUAUAAUUCUAUGUCUGGACUUUGUUUGAGGUUUUUCGUUUCUUUCAUUUCUUUUUGGAUGUUGUGAACUAUUUUUGUAAGCCUUUCACCACAUCGCAAUGCCACAAUGCUUUCAGUGUCUUUACUGCAAAAUUGUCAAGCCGUUGCCUGCAGUCCCACUUACCAGCACUGGAUUUGCAAGGACGCCUUCCUCCACCCUCACUUCAUAAAUGGACUUAUAAUAUUUCUUGUAAAUUGCAUUUUAGCACUGCAGCAUUUGUAUUUCUAAAGACGCAAAGAGAGAAAACGUAUAUUUUUCUGUAGCUGACAUCUUUACAUCUGUAUGGGUGUUUCACAAGCUCUUCUAAUAAAUUCAGGGGGUGGGAGCUAUAUAAGGUCUUUUAACUCUGCCGUUGUGCUGAAAAAGGUUCCCAGAGUGGCUUACAAAGUUCAGAAAUAACUUGCAAUCCAAUAAACAAAGACCAGGUGUGAA